AUGGAGUCCUUGCCGCCCCUCGACGAGAGCUUCACCAAAUGGUACUCUAAAAACUUCGAUCCCAAGCCCUACUACUACUGUCUCUGUUUGAUAUUCACAGUCAUCGUCCUUUUUUGGCUCGUCUGUCUUCAAUUCAGCAAGCCAUGUGCAUAUCCGUGUAAGUUGUAGUCUUUGAAAAUCGUAAAAAUAGUUCGACGAAUCAUCUAAAGAUGCUGCCUUUUUCAUCUUCUAUGAAUAAUCAGGCUUCCAAACUUUUUUUUUGAAUUUUUUAAAACUACUUGAUUAAAGUUCAAGUUUCCAUGAUCAACUUUUUUUUAAACUUUCAAAAAUCAGGAAAUUCAAAUUUUAAAAAGUGUAGCAACAUUUUUUUCCUUAUUGAAACUACAAUUUGAAAGAAAUGAACGAACUUUCGAAAUAGUGAAUCUCUUUCAAAAGUUUUAUUUAGACCAAGAAGCGGUAUUUAUGAAAAACGUUGUUCACUCAUUGCCACCAUUCACUUCGGGGUAUCCGCUUUUCAAGGUUUGUUUUUGAGGUCUUCAAAGUGAAACGGCGUCUUUCGUUAUACCUAGGGACCGCAAGCCAUUUCUUCAGAACGAUUUGAAAAAAAUGUUUUUCACAUUGUUCAAUAGACUGUCCAUUUUCAAAAUCCGUUUAGUUUUUGAAAAAAGCUCCACUAAGAAAAAAGUUAUGGCCAAAAAACGAGCGCGCGCGGCGUACAACUGGAGGCAAAAUCUCAUGGUUUACCCGCUGCCGCACGCUUUCUUUUUAAAUGUUUUUGCGCGUUUCUGGACCGUUUUUAAAUCGGUUUUCUGUUCUGAGAGGUUGUCCGAACUGAGCCUCAUGUUUUGGUAUGAAUCUUUUGUACAAUCCUCAUAAGAAUUUUUGAUAAAAUAUCAAAAAACUACCUUGAAAAAAGGUCAAAGGGAUUUUUCACCUUAUUUUUCUUUUUUUUACUCAGAAAAAUUAUUAUCAUUCGAUUUGAAAAAAAGAAAAAAAGAAAAAAAUGUUAUUUCGAAAUAAAACAGGAAAAAGUGCAAUUUGACUCCGAAAAACAGCUCCUGCGACAUUUAAAAGGGCGCAUCGGUGUGUUUGACGCAAACACUGCUACGGACGCUUGCACGAAAUCUUCCGAAAUUUCAAAAAAAUUGCCAUUUUUUUCGAGGUUUUUCAAAGCCGUUAUUUUUUUCGCGUCGAUCGAUUUUUUUCAUAAUUUUUUUUCAUUGAUAGAGUUUUGAACGCUUAAUAACGUAAUCAAAAAAAUAUAGACGCCAUCCUAUUCUCUCAUGCGUCAACGAGACAGGCGAAAAAAAGGAGGUUUUGGUAAAACUCAAAUAUAAUUUGAUUCGCUGUCCCAAUAAUUAUUUUUCAUUUUUGAAUUUUUUUAUUUUUUUGGACACACUGUUAGUUUUUUUAAAUCAAAUAAAAAAGUAUAUCAUGUCGCUGAAAUUUUUUUCGUAUUUCAGCUUCAAAGUUUGGUGUCACUUUACAAGCUUUAUUAUUUUUUUCGCGUCGGUAGAUUUUUUUCAUUUUCACUCAAAAAAAUAAAAGAAAGUGUUAAUGUAUAACACACUUAAAAUUUAGAAGCGUUCCUCACUUGGUUUUCUGAAACGCGACGAUUUUGUGAAACUUGUCAGUUUUUUUCGUGUUAAAUCUUACUUUUUCGCUUAUUUUCGAAAAAUACAUAGUUUUAAAACUAUUCAGUCUUGUAGAGCGUUACCAAUUACAUAGAUUAACAGAAACAGUUCAUUUUUAAAGUGGGACUUUAGCUAGUAUAAACGCCUCAAAACCGUUUUUGCAACAAAAAAAUCGUCAUUUUGGUGGCGUGAAGGGGCGGGGCUUUGCGCCCCCUAGUUAUACCUCUUUAACUUUUUAUCAGACUCUCAGGAAAUGUAAUAUUUUUACCCGAAGUUUCCUGAAUUUAAAGAAAACUUUAAACGUUGAUUUAUGAUUUUGAGUUUGUCAAAAAGUAUGAUCUGGCCCUGUGCCCGAUCGACGGCAACUUUCCACACCUGACCACUGCGAUCAUGUGCUUUUUGGACCGUCCUGACAUCUACCGCCAGAAAAGAAACAUCAGCAAUGAUGUGACGGGGUGAGAUUAUUCGAAAAUAUUCAAAGAUCUCGAAAAGUCCAGCUUUUGUGGGAACGAGCCGCCAUUCACGCUGCACAAGCUGCGCAACGAAACCGAAACGCCGAAAAAUACUACGAAGCAAAUUGCAGUGGUUCAAGAUCCAGUCGAUCGCUUCGUUCGGCUCUUCCACUCGAUAUGCGUCGUGUAGGUUCUCAGAAUUGCUUACUUUUUCAGUUUAUGUCAAAUAAGAAAUAUCUAUAAAAGGAGACAUUUAGCGGGACCUGUCGAUUAAAAACCUUGAGCUUCGAAAACGUACAAAAAUAAUUUUAAGGAAAAAAGCCGGCAGUCAAUAAAGCAAGCAAAAAUUUCAGAAACAAGCAGUGUUAUGAAUGCGAAGACCUGCUGGGCUGUCUCCUACGUCGUGCCUUUUCCGACAUGAUCGACUUCACAGUCACGGGCUCCUACGAUGGAAUCUCGCCUUCUUUGGCUCUUUUCUUCCCUCAAGCAUGGUCAGUGUCGGAAUCAAAUAGUAUUUCCGCCUUUCAAUUUUAAAGAUUCGGAAUGGGGUACGAAUAAUCUCACAAAAUUUUUGUAGUUUCUAGGUUUUUCGAAACUGAAUGGUUUUGAUCGCAGAAAAUAAUGAAAUUUUAUACAGAGAUUGCCUCGAUUACGCCGAAAAAAAAUUUUCAAAAGACUCUUUUGAACUAAUCUACCUAAGUUCUUCUUUUUUUUUAGUGAUAGAAAAUCGAUGAAAAGCUCAUAUUUUUUCGAAAAUUGCUCUUUUAUCUUGAGAAUUGCGCAAUGAUUGAACCACAACUGGUUAGCGAUACAGCGCGGCGCAGGCCAGAAAAUGUCGGGCGCAGCGAAAGACAGGCCAAAGUUUGUUCUUCUGCACGCCAGCUGGUGAUGAUAAAAAAGGUCUGGUUUCGCUAAAAAUUUCCAGAACGAUAAUCUGUCGAAACACCUUGGCUGUCUGAGGCGAGAAAAAUUAAGUUUAAAUAUUGAAAACUGUUAACUUUAUCUCGGUAGAAGUGCAGAAAUAUGAUUAAAUUUAUUGGAAGUACUUUUUGUCUUUCCAAAAUUUUACGGUAAAAUGUGUUGAGGUAUUGUGGAUUCGACGAAAAUCUUCGAGAAAUAACUAUCAUAAAGUAUGGAGGAGCAAUAAGACGAGGAAAGUCGAAAAACGCCUUCGACGAACAAUUCAAACGGGUGAUGAGAGAAAGGAACGUCAGCGCGCCUCUGAUCGACGAGGUCGAACGCGAGAUCCGAAGUGAGUCUUCUUUGCAAUCAACAGUAGCUGUUUCAAACUCGUAUUGAUUUUUGAAAAGUACUUGGAUGUUUCAAAAUGAAGUUACUAUUUUAAACUUCCAAUUUUUCAACUUUUUCUCUUCAAUUUUCAUCAUUUUUUGAAAAGUCAAAUAGCUUCGGAAACUACUGUUAAAUUUACAACUGGCCCAACUCAAAAUUACUUGUGGAAAGAAAAACUGUGUGUGCAUCAAUUUCUCACUAUUGCCACUGACAGUUAAGUUAUUUUUUUAUAAAUGUUAUAAUGCAUCGUUUUAUUUUAAGAUAGCCGUGUCCGCUUUUUGCUCAUCUUAGACUUUGAAAAUUUUGUGAGCUGUAUACCUAGAUUCCAUCGCCAUCAUAUUUCCAUGCAGUCAUCGCUGCGGAAUCAUUUUCUUCUGUUCAAAUUUCCUUUCGUAACACAACAGAAGCGUUGCCAUGAAAACAAGCUCGUUUUUGUCGCUCGAAUAAUCCAACUCGUCACUUGAGAAGUUCGAUUUGCACUGACGCCGGAGGAGCUCGAAGUCCGACGGAAGUUGCUCGAGAAUCCACGCCUCCUGAGGCUUUUCCUUGGCAUAUACCGACACGACUUUUCUCUCUUCGGUUACACUACUCCUCCCAUCCCCGAAACCAGCACUCCAAGUUGAUUUGUCUGUUGAGAAACUUAAUAAAACUAAUAGUUAGUGUAAUAAACCAAUUAUGUUCAGAAGCUUUUCUCAACCUCUCCAUCUAUUAGCUAUGAAAAAUGUAUUUAUUCUUUUCCUUGUGAAUCACUUGAAAGUUAGCAAAAAAAGUUUUUGAUGUAUCAGAUCUUCACAGUCUCCUAGUUCUCCGGAAAAAAAUUCCCUUUAGAAGUUCCUUCAAUUAUUCCAAUUCAGAAGAAACCAACUGCGAGAGUUCCGAUUUCAAGCUAAAAAAUAUAUCAAUUUUUUUUCAUCAAGUUCGAUAAUUUUUCAAAAAAGUAGAAUGACCUUCCUUCUAGGUUCCAAAUCUGACGAUAGUUGGCUCGACGGAAAGCCUUAGAACUAAAGUGCUGGGAACUUUUCAAACCUGUUAAAUUUUGCGGAAUGAAUUUUCGAAAAAAACUCUUCUUUUUUGUAACAUUUUACUGCAAGAAUAGAUCAAACCCGGUUCUCAGACGGAACAAAGAGUGGCUGGACAAGAAAACAUGCAAUCCGGCAGGGCGGAUUAAGCCGGCGAAAACGAGGCGUCCUGAAGCCAAAUUUGGCCCUCAGGCAGUGA